CUUUUCUUCUGUAUACAUAUAUAUAGCCAAACAUAUCAAACACUUCACACCUUUUUGAUAGCCACCAUGUAAAGAAAAACCCUAGCCGCGUAAAGAGGCAACGACUUCUCUGAUCCAUUGUUGAAGAUCGAAGAAGCAGAAUCCGAAGGCGAGAAUGGUGGAAAUGAAGAUCUCAUUUUACGAGAAGAAGGAAUCAAAUUCAGAUCGUAAUAAACAAACAAAAAGUAAAAGAAUUCUCCAAUGGAUUAAAAUGUCGAUAUGGUUAGCGAAAUUAAAGCUAACCCGUAAAAGCCGCUUGGAUAUCUGCUUGAACGAAACGGACAAACAUAUGUCGUUAAUUUGUUGCAUGGGUUUAGAAUACAACGUGAGGUUAAGUCGGGUGAAGAGUAUUGGCGUUAGAAAGAAAGCUUAAUGCUCUUUCAAUCUAAAACAAGGGUGUUGAAUCUUCUACUAUACAAGGUACAUUCACGUGUCUUGUUUUUCUUCUUAAUGUUCAACUCAUAUUCAAUCAACUUUUGAUACAUAUAGAUUGAACAUGUAUUUGUGUAGUUGUCUUAAACCAUUCAACUUUUAUUGAUUUAGUUGUUAGACCAAGCAAGCAAACAAAAACUAAAUGAAUUCUCACAUGGUUAGGGAAACAAUACAGAUUCCAAUAUAAUCAAUCUGUGAUGAAAGUGCACUACGAGCUGUCGGGAAAAAGUGACAGAAGUGAUACACUUUCAACGGUACGUCUUCUUUUGUUUUGUUUUGUUUUUAUAGAUUUGAGACUUUUAGUUAGCAUAACAUCUGUCAAGUUGGUUAGAGAAAAAUUGAUUAGAUAAAAGACUAUUUUUGAUUUGAUUUGUUUUGUUUUUCUUUAAUAUAUGAGACUUAUUAUUGAUUAGAUAAAAAUUCAUGUCUUUCAAAUGUUAAAUUCAUUAGUGAUUCACAUAUGGGAGAACAAUCUCAACGUAGCUUUAUUAAUCAAUAUAUAAAAAGUCAAUACAUAUCUAUGCAUAAACGGGAUUUUUAUACAAAAUCCAAAAACAUUAAAAAUAUCUUAAAACAAUGAAUGGAAUUUAUUCCAUGAGCAAUGAAUGAAGAUGGUCCAUUGGUUGUGCAUACAUGGUUUAGUUUUUCAUGGAGCCACUUGGAUUGUAUGUCACUAUGUAUAGCACUCCACCUCUAGACGCAAAUGAUCUUCAUAGCUUUCUCUACGUUUCAGAUAGUGUUAUGUACUUUUUUUUUACCUUUACAAGCUUCUGAGCUAAGAGAGGACUACAACAAAGUACAUAUACUAUUCUGUAUUUCUUUACGAUAAUCAAUUGCUUCUUCCAACACUUAAGUAAGGGAAAAUAUAAAAACUAAAAGUCUAUUCAGAGUUGCAUUAAAUGUAGAACCUAAUUGGAAAAAGAUAGACUCUUUUAUUUUACUCAGAUUGAUGUUGUUUUUGCCACAAGAGAAGCAAUGGAAGUAUCCACCAAUAUAAACUUGGCUUAUCAUCCUUGCGACCUGAUUUAUCACUAUUGAAAGCACAAUCUAGAUGGAACGACAAGCCAAUCAUCCUUUUUCUUCAUACAUGAAUUGUAUGUGACUCUUGUGGCUUGUAAUUUCAUCUCAAUUGUGCUUUGAAUAAUAAUAAGUAAGUCCUUAAAGGGGAUAAGCCAACUUGUGAUGUUGAAUGGAUGCUUCUACCAUGUCUCGUGUGGCGAAAGCGAGAACUAGCUUAAUUAAAACAGUAAAUAAAUCUACUUAAGUUGAAUUUCUAUAUUUUAUAAUACAUUGGGUAUUUUUUUUCUUUAUUCUUCUCUGAUGUUGGAAAAAGCAAUUGAUGAUAGUAAAUGUAGGCCACUGAGUUCAUAUAUUAUGUUAAGACUAGCCUAGUAAUGCAUUUCUAAUUAUAAUUAGUUUUUGGUUGUAGUUGAAAUGAUUAUCGGUUGUAGGUCAUUCUGUUCAUGUACUAGUGGUCACUGAAAAACUAAAAUAGUCAUCCGACUAUGUCCCUAAAGUUUUUUGCUAAAAUUUCUGGUUUUAUAAUUUUUAGAUGAACGUUAGAAAAAGAGAUAAAGUUGCCUUGUAUCGACAUGAAAUAUCCAAUGUGAACAAACUCGAUACAAGAACUAGAGUAACUAUCAGGAAAGCGUGUCUUGAAACCUCAUUAAGAGCGAGAAAGCGGGUCUCGACACCACAGUUGGAGUGAAUUUUAAAACCUUGAUAGACGCCUACGGGCGGAUCAAGUGUUACGGAUUCCAUGGUUUGAUUGUUAUGAACAAAGUCUCUGCUAGAGUCCCUAAAGUCCGGAAUUCCGCAUUGUAUGUACUAUUUAUUUAGCUUACAUUGCACUUUAGAAGGUUAGCUAAAGAAGCUUGGUUGGGAAAUUUGGCCUGAAAAUGAAGAGAUUAAGUCUUUCUAGCUAAGCCCAAAGCCAUGAGUUUUUCAAGCUCAGCUAGGAUACUAGAAGCGGGAAAGAUGUUGCAAGUGACAUUCAUCAGAUCAUGGAGAUGACGUAGUCGUCUAAAAAGACUACACCAUCUCAUGACAUUCAUUAGAUCAUUUGGUUUAUCCUACCACAACAUCACCUGAUCAAGAUUUGGCAUUGCUUUAAUUAGGAAGUGUUUGACGUGCUCGAUCUGCUCCUUUAUGUCUUCAUUGUCAUCACAAAUUUCUUCAAACUUAAAUAUCUUAAGGACCUUCACCGGACUUGAUAAUAGAGAUUAACGAACUUUGUGAUGACAACGAAGACACAGCUGAUCAAAUCAAGUAGGUCAACCACUUUCUGAAGACAAUGCCGAAUCUUGAACAAUUGAUGUUGUGCUACGAUACACCAAAUCAUUUGAUGAUACCAUUAGAAAUUACAUUUAUUCACCCACGAUUCUGUAUUUGGAAAAGAUGAGACAAUUAAAUAUGCAAAAUUAGGUUUUGAAUCUUAAAGUCAUUCUUAAACUCAUGAAAGGCCUCCUUUAGUCUAGAUGACAAAAUUGUUUUUGGAAGAAACAAACGGUUUUGCAAAACUUGAAACAUGGAAAAUUAAACACUAAUUUAGUAAAGUUUAUUAUUUUAGUGUUCAGAAGAAAAUCUAAAA